GCUUUCUGUCCAAGAAAUCUUGAAAUUGGAGUCGCAUCGUAUAAAAGAUCGGAGAUUCUCAGUAAAAUCCCCAAUUGAAACCGAUCAAUUGUUGACAGAAGAGAGGAGUGCUUCGAUUUUGGAGAUGGAUUUCGAGCUGAGGAGGGCGAGGGAGAAGCUGGAGAAGGACCAGAGAGAGAGGAAAGAGAUGGCGCGAUUGAAGUUGGAAAGAGAGAGGAAAUUUAAGCAAGAAGCCAUCCGUCUCCGGGAAGCUGUAGAAGCGGCUCAGAGGGAGCGCCGCCUCCAAACCGCCGCGGCGGAAGCCAAGGCGAAUGAGGUAGCAGAAGUAAAUUUGCUUGCUGGUAGGGGAGUAAGCUUUUCUCGCAUUCUAGAAGCUGUUCCAUAUCAGAGCAGCGGAGACAAGAUUAAAUUGCCGCCUUCUUGUUUCAAUGAGUUGUCCGAGCAAGGCGCUUUCGACAAAGGGCCAUUGCAUUUCUCUCUAUCCUUGAUUCACCGUGAGGCUCCUUCAGGUGCGGAGAGUGCUGAAAUUCAAGAACCCCGGAAAACUCAUGCCGGCGUCAUGGAGUUCACUGCAGAUGAAGGUUUCGUAGCACUCCCUCAGCACUGUUGGCGUAACUUACUCCCUUCUGAAACAUCAAACACUGCUAUGGUGGAAGUAUCCUAUGUUUGGCUUCCCAAAGGAACUUAUGCUAAACUCCAACCUAUUGAAUCCGGCUUUAACGAUAUUCCCAACCACAGGGCAGUUCUGGAGACUACUCUUCGCCAACAUGCAACUCUUUCGCAAGGAGAUACGCUCACCGUCAAUCACGGCAUCCUAACAUAUCAUCUGCAUGUUCUUGAGUUGAAGCCUUCUUCUAGCGUAUCGGUUCUAGAAACUGACAUUGAGGUUGAUGUCAUGGGACCCGAGACCGAACAAAGUGCAAACCAGCAUGUGCUGAAGCCUCUCGCCUUCGAAAAGACUGAGUCAGGAAUGGCUGAUGAAGGAAACUACUCGUACUAUAAGUUUUCCAUCGACAAUGAUACUUGGAAUAGGGUGUCGUCCCAAGAUGCGAAAAUUGUGAUUCAACUAGAGUCCCAGACGCAAGAUGGGGAUAUUGACUUGUAUGUUUCCCGGCAUCCUCUUUUGUUCCCCACACAAAACCAGCAUGGGUGGUCUUCCCAUGACAUGGGUUUGAAGAAAUUGGUAAUUGGUGCCGAGGAUAAGAACUUAGGACCGGGGACUUACAGCAUUGCAGUGUACGGAUAUAAAGGGUCGUCUAGGUACCAGGUAUCAGUAAUUGUUCAAGAUGGUACAGCACAGAAGUUAGGCCAGCACGCUGCGUCUUCCUCGUCAAAUCCUGAGUUCGACACUGUAGAGUGUCGAAACUGCAAAAGGUACAUACCUUCGAGAACCAUUUCUCUUCAUGAAGCCUACUGUAGUAGGCAUAAUGCUGCCUGCCAGCACGCCGGCUGUGGAGUCGUUCUGAGGGUAGAAGAAGCCAAAAACCAUGUUCACUGUGAAAAGUGCGGUAAAGCUUUCCAACGAGGGGAGAUUCAGAAGCACAUGAAAGUGUUCCAUGAGCCUCUUCAGUGCCCUUGUGGCGUCGUCUUUGAGAAGGAACGAAUGGUUCAGCACCAGUCCUCGGAGUGCCGGUUGAGGCUGAUUACAUGCCGAUUCUGUGGGGACAUGGUUGAAGCCGGGACUCCUGCUGCAGACGCUCGAGACCGUAUCAGAGGAUUAUCGGAACACGAGAGCAUUUGCGGGUCGAGAACUGCGCCGUGUGAUUCGUGUGGACGUUCUGUGAUGCUGAAGGACAUGGACAUACACCAAGUUGCUGUUCAUCCCAAGAGCUAACUUAAUAUCCAUAUCCUCAUUCUGCUUCAUUUGUUUUCUUCAUCAUAAACCAAUUCUCAAUGUUAUGGCUGGCACAGUAGUGCCCUUUGUGAAUUUGGUGCCCUUAUGUAUCAAUGUAUUUAUUGUCAGUAAAGAAUGUUUGCUUGUUUGUUUAGAA